GACACGCCUCCUCAGCUGACGGUGUUUAGAAUUACUCUGAUCUAGGAGGCAAUGGCGGUGAUUGUGUGGGUGCGGGAUGCUGUUACCGGCAGGGUUUGUUUGUAUGAGCGGCCACUGGGAGCCGUGGUUCAGGAACUGCUGCUUCCGGCGGGAUUGGGAAUACCAUUUUUGGAUGUUUAUGUGAAGUGUAAUGGACGCCUGGUUAGCUCAGAAGAGGAACUGCAGAAUGGAGCCACUUACAGUCUUGAGCCUCGGCUCCGUGGUGGAAAAGGAGGAUUUGGCUCUAUGCUCCGGGCACUUGGUGCUCAGAUUGAAAAAACCACCAACAGAGAGGCUUGUCGAGACCUUAGUGGAAGACGACUUAGGGAUGUGAAUCAUGAGAAAGCCAUGGCGGAAUGGAUAAAGAAGCAAGCGGAGCGGGAAGCAGAAAAAGAACAGCGGCGAAUAGAAAGGCUACAGAGGAAGCUGGCAGAGCCAAAGCACUACUUCACUGACCCUGAGUACCAUAAGCAAUGCCACGAUAUGUCUGAGCGCCUGGAGGACUCUGUGAUCAAAGGCAUACAAGCCUCCUCAAGCUCAGUGGUUUCACCAGAAAUGUGUGACAGCCGGAAGCGCAGGAAGGAUCUGGAAAGUGGCAAAGCAGCCUCUGGCAAAAAGAAAUGCUUUUGGACUGGUGUGGAAGGAAUAGAACCCUCUUCCGACAGCGGUAGUGACUCUGAUGAAUCUCCUUGUUCUUCGUCAAUGAGCGGACAAUCGUGCAAACAGUCAAGUCCAAGUUUACACAGCCAUGACAGCCAGAGUGAUUCUGAUGGAUCAGAAAAAAAUCAACAUUUGUCAAAGUUAGAAAUCCUGGACCAGCAGAGUGCUGCUGCAAACCUGCAAAACGGCACUUCACAAGAAGAGCCGCAAAUCUCUGAGGAAAAAGCAACUGAAACCACCCUGGAAGCUGAAGAGCCGGACUCAAAAUCUGUCUCUGAUGCUGGGCAAGAAAAUUCCACUUCUGAUGAUAAAUUACCUGAAAAUACAGAACGUGAGAAAAAGAACCUUGAAACAGAACACCAGCAGCACACACAGAAUGCAGACUCUUUGCCUUUUGACCUCUUGGCGUUUCAGUCGGCUGCUGAAUUGGAAACCCUAGGACUAGAGAAGCUGAAACUGGAACUGAUGGCCCUGGGGCUGAAGUGUGGCGGUACACUGCAGGAGCGAGCAGAGCGGCUGUACUCUGUGCGUGGCCUUUCUAGAGAUCAGAUAGACCCUUCUUUAUUUGCAAAGCCUGCAAAAGGAAAAAGGAAAUAAAGCAACGUGCUGUCUUGACUGUGGGUUUUGUUGAUACAAAGAUGGAAUAUUUUCACAUGAUAUUUAUAUUAAACCAGACCCCACUGCACAUUCUUCCUUUACAAAACGAACAAACUGUCAGCAUUACUGCUGCCUGGUGCAGUGAGCAUAAGCUGGGUACAACUUGCUCUUGUGCCCCAAUAAGUUUGCCAACUUUACUUUGCAUUUGGUAAUGUAAUUAAAUCUUUCACAUGCAAUAAACUGUCACUUUGUGGUAGGAAAAUCACUCUGCCAAAACCAUUUUUUUGUUCAGUGUUUUAUCUGUAUUCAUUUUAUAAAAAUGUAAUAAAUUUUUAUUGAUAUCCUA